GGACACUGUUCGGGAACGUCUGCAGAAGCUCUUCACAUUGGAGGAAAUGAUCGAUCAGCAUCGAUUGAAAGAAUCCACUACACAGGAGAUUACCAGUCCCAUACGAUCUGAGCUUGAACGCGCCGGGUUGCCAAACGAGGAUGCGCUUUACGAGGAAAUCGAACGAUGCCAGAACGUGGAAUCGAAUCUAGAAGACCAACUUGCGGCGAACGAAGCAAACGAGGCUCGAGAGACUUCCAAAACUACUGUGUCUUCCUCAGUGACUGCUGGGGUGGAUUUGAAUAGUUGUGCGGCCGGCAUCUCCCAACUGAUCGGGUCAGAUAAUCGUCUCAAACCAAGUUCCACGCUUUCUGGUCGCAUGAAACGGGCGGCCGAUCUCCUCGUCUCACUUGCGCUGCCAGCUGCAGUUCAGGCUCAAAUGAUUGCUGGCCCUCCACCGGGUGACACCAAACUGAGCGAAACCAAGUUGAAUCAGCGUAUCCGAUUGGCCACUGAAUUAGAAGCUUCGCGUGGAGAUGAUUUCGUGUUCUGGCUGAUGUUCAUACGACAUCGUCGUCUCAAAGUGGCCAAACGGCGCACACAGCGUCAAAGCCGAAUUGAUCUGGCCACACAGAUAGGCUUGCACGGCCCCAAUUCGACUGGGACCGCGAGCAACACGACUGCGGUGGAUGAAACGCAAAGUACCAAAUCUGCUCAUGUGUCCAAUGCAGCUCACACCAGCGACCAGGUGGGGAAUGGGUUACUUGGAUCUGUGGAGAACAAAUCCUCUCAAAGGUAUGUCUCCCUAGAAUUUAACUUAUCCAUGUGA